AUUGGCCAAUGGGCUUCAAACAUUAAGGCCACGCCCCUAUUCUGCAUUCUAGUGCAGCCCUGGUUACGCCUCCUCUGGCUCAGUCACACAGCGACGUAGAGGUGACUGGAGGUGUAUAGUUGUCCUCACCUGGAUCAUGCUGAUGUGGCCCCAACCCCACCUCCCUACCCAUCCCCACCUCCCUACCCAUCCCCAACUCCCUACACACCCCCACCUCCCUACCUAUCCCCACCUCCCUACACACCCCCACCUCCCUACACACCCCCACCUCCCUACCCACCCCCACCUCCCUACCCACCCGCACUUCCCUACCCACCCCCACCUCCCUACCCACCCCCACCUCCCUACCCAUCCCCAACUCCCUACCCACCCCCAUCUCCCUACCCACCCCAACCUCCCUACCCACCCCAACCUCCCUACUCAACCCACGAUGUCCAAAGAAACCCAAAAGAACAAAUUGGCCGAGGCCAAGGAAAAGUUGGCAGACCAUCAUGCCCAGACCAACCCUAGUGUUGGUGCAGGAGCAAGCGACACCAAAAAGAAGAAAAUAAAUAAUGGCACUAACCCUGAGACAACCACUUCUGGUGGUUGCCACUCACCUGAGGAUAAACAACAGAACCGAGCUCAGCUGGAAGAAGAAAAGAAGGCAAACCACCAACAUCAGGAAGCUCUGAGGAGGGAGCUAGAGGCCCAGGUUCAUACCAUACGAAUCCUUACAUGUCAGAAAACCGAGCUUCAGACGGCACUCUAUUACAGCCAGCAAGCUGUCAAGCAGUUGGAAGGAGAGGCCAGGGAUCUGAUCGGCCGCCUGCAUGAUUCAUGGAAGUUUGCAGGAGAGUUAGAGGAGGCUCUCUCUGCCGUCACUACACAGAAGAAGAAGGCGGAUAAGUACAUCGAGGAGUUAACAAAGGAGAGGGACACCCUGAAUCUGGAACUGUACAGGAACACCAUAACCGAUGAGGAGCUGAAGGAGAAAAAUGCCGAACUACAAGAAAAACUUCGACUUGUAGAAUCUGAAAAGUCUGAGAUCCAGCUCAAUGUAAAGGAGCUAAAAAGGAAGCUGGAGAGGGCCAAGCUCCUGCUGCCACAGCAGCAGCUGCAGGCGGAGGCUGACCACCUGGGUAAGGAGCUGCAGAGUGUGUCAGCAAAGCUCCAAGCCCAGGUGGAAGAGAACGAGUUGUGGAACCGCCUGAACCAGCAACAGGAGGAGAAGAUGUGGAGGCAGGAGGAGAAGAUACGGGAGCGGGAGGAGAAGAUACGGGAGCGGGAGGAGAAGAUACGGGAGCAGGAGGAGAAGAUGCGGAGGCAGGAGGAGAUGAUGCGAGAGAAGGAGGAAAAGAUACGGGAGUUGGAGGAGAAGAUACACGAGCAGGAGAAGAUACGGGAGGAGGAGGAGAAGAGGCAGGAGCAGGAGAAGAUACGCGAGCAGGAGAAGAGGCAGGAGCAGGAGGAGAAGAUGUGGAGGCAGGAGGAGAAGAUACAUAAGCAGGAGGAGAAGAUAAGGGAGCAGGAGGAGAAGAUGUGGAGGCAGGAGGAGAAGAUGCAUGAGCAGGAGAAGAUACGGGAGGAGGAGAAGAGGCAGGAGCAGGAGGAGAAGAUGUGGAGGCAGGAGGAGAAGAUACGAGAGCAGGAGGAGAUGUGGAGGCAGAAGGAGAAGACACACCAGCAGGAGGAAAAGAUACGGGAGCAGGAGGAGAAGAUGUGGCGGCAGGAGGAAAAGAUACGGGAGCAGGAGAAGAAGAUGUGGAGGCAGGAAGAGAAGAUACGGGAGCAGGAGGAGAAGAUGGGGAGGCAGGAGGAUAAGAUACGGGAGCAGGAGGAGAAGAUGAACGAGCAGGAGGAGAAGAUGUGGAGGCAGGAGGAGAAGAUGCACGAGCAGGAGAAGAUACGGGAGGAGGAGAAGAGGCAAGAGCAGGAGGAGAAGAUAUGGAGGCAGGAGGAGAAGAUACGGGAGCAGGAGAAGAUGUGGAGGCAGAAGGAGAAGAUGCACGAACAGGAGGAAAAGAUACGGGAGCAGGAGGAGAAGAUGUGGAGGCAGGAGGAGAAGAUGGGGGAGCAGGAAGAGAAAAUGCAGGAACAGGAGGAGAAGAUUCGGAGGCAGGAGGAGAAGAUGUGGGAGCAGGAAGUGAAGCUGCGGCACCAGGAAGAGAAGAUGCAGGAACUGGAGGUGGAGCUGAAGAGCCAAGAGGCUCAGAGUCUGCAGCAGCAGCGAGACCAUUACCUGGGUCACCUGCAGCAGAGCACCUGGAAGCUGCCAUCUACCGAGCAAAUGACAAGAACGCAAAAACAAUAAACAUGUAAAAGCCGGCAGCAAGGCCUGGAGAAGAGUAAGCCGCCACGUGACUGUUUAGAAGAGAGUCUGAGCACAAACCUGAAAAAAAAACAUU